CCCGGAAGUAAUUAGCCGAAUGCUAAAAAUCUAAUAUUGUGCAAAAAAAGGUAUCCACUUUCUUCACUAAAUUAAGUAGUUUUACAAUGGAUUCUUUUUAACAUUUUAAAUGCCCGAACCUUUUUUGUGUGCCUUCAAUGUUAUAUGUUACAGGUAACAAUAAGAGUUCUUAACUUUACGAAUAACCGCUAAAAAUCCACUAGACUAGUUACAUUAUUAUUUUUGCUGACAAGAAAUAUUACUUGGUGCAUGCAGUAAAAACUCCUCUAAAAACAUGGAAUUUCUUCCUGUUCUCGAUCCACUUGACCAUCCUAAAGAAGGGAUAUGGUACUCAUUGAUACCAAGAGGGAGUUCUCCAGGAGUUAGUGUGGGACAUAACUGUGUUUUCCUUCCAUCCAAAGUAGGAGGACAGGGGAAAAUUGUGAUUGUUGGUGGAGCUAAUCCCAGUGGGAGCUUUUCAGAUACCCAUGCUAUAAACCUAGGCGACUAUGAAUGGGACACUUUGGAGUGGAAACGUUUAAAGCCUCGUUAUGAACACUGCACCUUCGUGACAGAGAGCAACCCACAUACCUUGUGGGUGUUUGGUGGAGCCCAGCAGUCUGGCAAUCACAACUGUCUACAAAGCAUAGAUCUAAAUGAUGAAGAGCCUCAGUGGAACAGUAUUGUGGUGAAAGGAGAGCCACCCAGUGCCAGGACAUACCACUCAAACUCAGCCUGCAUUGGUGACAGAUUAUAUGUCUUUUCUGGAGGAGAUUUAGGAGCUGCACCUGUCUCAGACUCCAGGCUUCAUGUCUUUGACACAGCAUCUUCCACCUGGUCUCAACCAGAGACAGAAGGCAGGCAGCCUGCAGCCAGACAUGGACACAUUGUUGUGGCCGUUGGUUCAACAAUCUACAUUCAUGGGGGGAUGGCUGGAGAGAAAUUCUACAAUGAUAUGUACUCUUUUGACUCGUUAAGAUUGAAAUGGGAGAAAGUUCGGACCAAAGGAGAUAUCCCACCUGGAGUAGCUGCCCACUCAGCUGUGCCUUUGGGCCCAAAUAUUUACAUUUUCGGAGGGCUGACUGCAGAUGGCGCUAUCAAUUCUAUGUACAAAUUCAACACAGAAAGAAAACAAUGGAUCUUAGUUCAAUUUGAAGGAGACAUGCCACCUAACCGCAUGGACCAUUCCAUGUGUUUGAUACCAUGGCAGCUACACGGCGAGAAGAGUGGAGAUGAACAGCAGGCCCACAAAUCAGAAGUCUCCGAAAUAAUAAAUCUAGCUUUUGUAUUUGGAGGGAUGGACACACAUGGUGUAAUACACAAUGACUGUGUUGUAACAGUGGUGAAGUGACAAGUUUUUGAUGGAGGAAUGCAAUUGUUUUCAUUUUAGUAUUCACACAAUAAAGAUAUUAAACAUCAAAACUUCA